AUGCUGCAGCUACCCCAAGACCCAAAUCUGGCUGCCCCGACCAGUGCGACGCCGCUUCUUAAAGCAUCCGAGCAUGGCCGCACCGAAGCCGUGCGCGUGCUGUUAGAGGCCGGCGCCGACAAGGACUUGGCCACCAACAGCGGCUACACAGCUUUGAUGAUCGCCUCUGAUCAGGGCGACCUUGAAGUCGCAAGCUUGCUGGUCGAGGCCGGCGCCGACAAGAACUUGGCGAACAUCUUUGGCUGCACAGCCCUGAUGAUGGCAGCUCGAAGCUCUGUUCACAUCGUUCGGUUGCUUCUUGAGGCCAGCGCCGACAAGGACGCGGUCGACAACGACGGUGACACGGCCCUCAUGCACGCAGCUGACGAUGGCUUCGCUGAAGCCCUGCGUUUGCUGGCGGAUGCUGGUGCCGACAUGGACGUGGCAAACAACGAUGGGCGCACAGCCAUGAUGAUCGCAGCUGGCAAGGGCCACGCUGAGGUCGUGAGUUUUCUGAGGGAGGCCGGUGCGGACAAGGACAUGACCAACAUUAGUGGUCGCACGACCCUGAUGAUGGCAGCUUCCCGUGGCCAUGUGAAAGUGGUGCAUUUGCUUGUGGAGGCAUGCGCAGACAAGGACGUGGCCGACAACGAUGGCAACACGGCCCUCUUGCUUGCUGCUGGCAAGGGCCACUCAGAAGUCGUGCGAUUGCUAGUAGAGGCUGGUGCCGACAGAGACUUCACGAACCUCCGCGGUCGAACGGCCCUCAUGGUGGCGGCUCAGUGGGGGCACAGUGAAGUCGUGCGGUUGCUGGAGGCUUCAAAGGCCCCAACCUGGUCGCAACUCCUGCAACACCAACUCCUCAAGCGCUUGAGUAUGGCCACGCUGCAGCUGUGCGAGUGCUGGUGGAAGCCGGCGCCGACUUAA